AUGGCCUUGCUGAGGUUCACCCUCGCCCCUUCCUCUGCCGCCACCCCCUGUACUGUAACUCCUGCCAGCGUCACAGCAACCACUCUCACUCCUGCUGGUGCCCCUGAUGCUUCACCCCUGGGUGUCACCAUUUCUGGAGCCACUGCCCUCUCCCAGUCCUCCCUUGCUGCUCCCACUGCACAUGUAACUACCUGUGCCUUCAUGCUAGCAGGCUCAGACUCGGACUCUAUUGGUGACUUCAUCCCCACACCUGCUGUGGAGCUGUGCACUACUGGUGCUGCGCAGGAUGAGCAGGGAGAUGCCCCGCGGGAGAAGUGGGGGAUGAUGUUGAACGGCCAGCAGGAGCGCAUGCUGGUGGAAGGGGAGCAGAAGCAGCAUGAGGGGGAGGUGGAGAACUGGCUGCAGCAGCAGGGCGAGCAGGAGCGCGAGAAGGAGCAGGAACAGGAGCAGGAGCAGCAGUCAUCGGAAAUGUUUGGAAUGAACUGCGAGCUGCUCACUGUUCAUCACCUGUCUGCUGCCCAGCAAGUCCAGAUGGCAGCAGCGGGUUGGUCCAUGGCAAGGCUGAGCAUAAGAGGAAGGGGUCACCGUGUGGAGGAGCGAUUGGAGGAGGAGGAGAUUGGGCAUUGGAUGCAUGGGCGUGCUGCAAGCAUGAGGCGCCAACAUCAAUCAAGCAGCAGUGCCGCAGCAGGCUGUGCGUCAGGUGUGCGCAUGGUGUGCGCGCAGCAGGUGAUGGAGGAGCCGAGGGUGGUGGUGGCGGUGCGCAGCGAGGCUGACAUGGUGGAUGAUGGUUACCACUGGCGCAAAUACGGACACAAGCUGGUCGGCGGUAACACCUUCCCCAGGAGCUACUAUCGGUGCACGAGUGGGGACUGCCGAGUGCGCAAGCAGGUGGAGCGCUCCAAGCAGGACCCAUCUGUGGUGGUAACCACCUAUGAGGGCCGGCAUAACCACUCUGCACCUGGACCAAUCCUGUGCCUUCCCCAGUCACUGUAG